AUGGCAUAUUUAAACUACAAUGGGUCAUGGUCAUGGGAAGUUAUCAGUAAUUACAACAACAUCGAGCUAAUCAUCAUGGCAUUUGUUACCAUAUUGCUAGCCAUUUUAUGGUACAAAAUCACCACGCUUUCGAGCUCCUCGCCGUCAUUCCCACCGGGUCCUCGUUCGUUGCCAAUCGUAGGGUACCUUCCAUUUCUAGGCCCUGAAUUGCAUAAACAGUUCACCACCAUGACGAAAAGUUACGGUCCCAUUUUCAAAUUUGAUGUGGGUAAAAAAGUUCAUAUAGUCAUAAGCACACUAGACCUAGUAAAAGAAGUUGUUCGUGAUGAAGACGAGACUUUUGCCAACACGAAAAUAACAGUAGCGGGUUCAAUAAUCACUUAUGGUGGCCAAGAUAUUGGAUUUUCUAACAACACUUAUUGGCGUAAUCUUAGGAAGAUAUUUGUUCAUGAAGUGUUGAGUAACAAGAAUCUUGAAGCUUGUAGUUGUUUUAGAAGAGAUGAAGUUAGGAAAACUAUCAAUAAUGUUUUUACUAAAAUCGGGACGAAAGUUGAUAUUGGGGAGAUUGCUUUUACGACGGUUUAUAACGUUAUAACGAGCAUGGUUGGAGGAAACGCGUCUAAUAAUGGGGCAAAAGAUGUCAAACGUAUGGCCGAGUUGAAGGUUUUAGCUUCAAAGAUUUUUGAGCUUUUUGGUAAGCCGAAUGUGUCUGAUUUCUUUCCUAGCCUUGCUUGGUUUGAUAUACAGGGUAUUGAACGAGAAUCGAAUCAGCAACAUAAGAAGUUGGAUCGGUUUUUCACAAGGAUGAUUGAGGAACGAACCGAAUCCAAGUUCAAGAAGUUUGAUAAUAAAGGAGUUGGGCAUGAUCAGCAGGGAGUCAAUAAGAAAGAUUUUUUAGAGGUCCUGAUAGAGCUCACUGAACAGAAACAGAUUAAUGUCACCCAAAUGAAGGGACUUAUGCUGAACAUUAUGAUAGGUGGGACUGAAACAGUGACAACAUUGGUCGAAUGGGCAAUGACAGAGAUUAUAGAAAAUCAUAAGGUAAUGAAAAAGGUUCAAGAAGAACUAGCACAAGUUGUUGGAGUCGAUAACAUUGUUGAAGAAUCACAUCUUGGAAGACUAGAAUACCUAGAUGCAACCAUCAAGGAAACGUUCCGGUUACACCCUAUUGCCCCAUUUCUAAAUCCACGGUCGCCUAACAAAGAUUGCAUUAUAGGUGGAUACACCAUCCCUAAGGGCUGUACCGUUUUCUUGAACACGUGGGGAAUACAUAGGGAUCCCCGAUAUUGGGACAAUCCGUUGGAAUUCAACCCGGAUAGAUUCUUAACUAGAGAGGACAAGACAUACAAAUUCGAUUUGAAUGGAAACAAUUUAAAGUUCCUUCCAUUUGGGUCAGGGAGAAGAGUCUGUCCAGGUAUUCCUUUGGCAGAUAAAAUGAACAAAUAUAUAUUGGCUUCCCUCCUGCAUUCAUUCAACUGGAGCUUGCCUAAGGGUGAAAAAUAUGACAUUUCUGAAAAACUUAGCAUUACAUUAAAGAAACAAAAACCACUCAUUGUUGUCCCAUCUCAAAAGUUGCCAAAUGUAAGCCUUUAUAUUUAA